AUGCGGAGCCACGCCCGACCCCGUCGCCUGCCUUAUGACCAUGUGGGGUACGGCCGCCUCGUCUUCAAGGCGGCUCGCACGGGCAACGAGCCCUACCUCCGCGACCUGCUUCAAGGCCUGGGGGCCUUCACCGCAGACCAAUACUUGUCCUUUCUCCACAAGGGGCAGCUGGGUGCGUGUACGCCCCUGAUGGCGGCCGCCCGAAACGGUCACUGCAGGCUGGUGACGACCCUGCUCACGAGGUACGGGGCACGCGUGGACAUCGAAGGUUCGGCGCUUUUUGACGACCACUACGCGGUGUCCGGCGCGACCGCCUUGUGGCACGCCGUGGACGGGGGACACGUGGAUGCGGCCCAGAGCCUGCUGUCUGGAGGAGCCAACGUCAACCAUAGAACACAGCGGCACCACAGCGAUUGGUUUGAGCCGGAGUUUGUGGCUCACGACAAGACGUGUCUGAUGCUGGCCGCUCACCGAGGACAUUGCGCCAUGGUUACCUGUCUUCUGCGGCAUGGCGCUGACCACAGUGCCAAGAGCGCCAACGGCGAGACCUGUCUUCACUUCGCGGCUAAGAGGGGACAUCAUUCCGUGCUCAGGGUGCUCCUGGCUUUCGACGCCGAGAUCGCGCCGAACUGCUUCGGUGAGACUCCGCUUGUCCAGGCGGCCGAAUGGCUUCACCCGGAAGUUGUCGAGCUGUUUUCCAGUCGUGCCGACGCUUCCAAACUCGCUAAGGUUGAAGCGCUGGAGCUACUGGGCGCCGCGUAUGCGAACGACGACGCGUUUUAUAAUGUCGACCGGGCUUUUUCUUGCAUGGCUAGUGCGUUGGCUUUGCGCUGCAGUGAAGAGGACCCUUUGCCCAAGAGUGUCUUACCGAUAAUCCUUGCUUACGGACCUUCGCCGGAGUGUGUCGCGCCGAGCGAUCUCGCGGCCCUUGGGAACAACCCCGAAAGGUUGCAGAUCGAAUCUCUUUACAUUAGAGAACGUAUUUUGGGCUGGAACAGCCCGCUUACUCCGCGUCGAAUGAGAUUUCGAGCCCUCUCACUGCGGAAGAAUGGGAGAUACAUGAGCGCGCUCCUUCUCUGGCUGAGAAUCUUAGACAUGAAGACAAGACAGACUGUCAGCCUAUACCACGACCUAGUCGAGGUGACGGAGUUACUCUGCCAGAUGCUUCAUCACGGCGUCAGCAUUCAAAAGGAAUCCAUGCCUUCCGUCUUCGCAGCCUGCGCGCGCGAAGCGGAGUUGAUGUUAUCUCAUUUAGGGUUCGCGUCCAAUUUCGAUAACCACUUGCACACGUGUUCCUACCUCGUGUGCAUCGCUGCUCACUUGUUUGGCGAUCGGUCCAUGGGCAACCCUUCCGCACUAACUGCAAUACAGCGCCUCGUGGCGCUGAAUCAAAGAACCCUGGCGGGACAGCGUACCUUACUUCACCUCUGCCUCGACGAACGCACUAGCAUAGAUGGCGAAUUUUCAAACAAGGUGGUUAGUUUUCCCUGCGCUUCGGCAGCGCUGCUGCUCAUUCAAGCGGGACACGCCGUGAACUGCCAAGACGCCAACUUGGCUACGCCACUGCACGUGGUCUGCAGGACUGAGAAUAUGGAAGAAGACUGCGUAACAACAAUUAGGCGAUGCAUAGGGAUUCUUGUGAACGCUGGCGCACACUUGGAUAUUGUAGACGCGUGGCGGAGGACGCCGGCGGAUGUGGCUAUGGAACAGCUGAAUCUGGCGGCCCUUCUGAUGCUCAAGUGGUUGGAAGAGCCGUGUCUCAAGUGUAUUGCGUCUAGAGCCGUGAACCGCUACGGCCUGAGAUGGGAUGCCACUAUUCCGGAGACUCUAAGAGCAUUCGUGAGGCUGCAUGGAAUCUAG